GAGGGAGUUACUUCUGGCUCAGUUUGCUCUUGCACGAUCUUACGCGAGGUCACCCUUCGCAUCCCCCUUGGUAUACGCUUCUCCCUCCGAGACACCCUCCUCUUCCUCUUCAAUUUCCUCCUUCGCCUAGUCUCCGUUUCAUCUUCAUCAUAUCUAUUCGCUCUGAAAAAAAUCUCAAUGUAAGAAUAAUUUAUCUGUUUCAUAAAAAAAAAUUUUCUACAAGCAAAACCAAUCUCCGUACUAUUUUUGGAGUAAACCUAGCAAUUUGUUGUGAAUGGCUGAUGAUGACGACUACAAAAUAUUAUUGGAUGUUGUUAGUGUCAAUAUUGCUGAUAUUCGGAUGCAUUUCAGAAUCCCAGCAACUCAUCAUCAGAAGUAUCAACAUCCCUUCUGCCGUGAAAGUUGGCGACGUCGAUCACGUGAUACUCGACUGCGACUAUGCUCUGGAAAACACUUCGAGCCAAGGGUUAGUGGUCAAGUGGUUCUUCAACGACAACCGAGUGGUCUACCAGUGGAUCCACGGCAGAAAUCCCGUAGCUGACGAGUCGGUCGCGAAAUACAUCGAUUUAACGUACAAGGCCAGUGAUGAUCCUUUUACCAAGUAUCGAGCUAUGAAGUUGGAUAAACCAGGAAUCGAUCUAACGGGUGAUUAUUUAUGUGUUAUAUCGACUUACGAAGACGAACGGACGGCGAAUGCUUCUAUGGUGAUUUACUCGACAGAAAAAAAUUUCGAUUUUGAAUACCAGAAAAAAAGUAUAGAUAAUAAAGAUGGUGUGGAAGCGACUUGUAAAGCAGAGGGUCUUUAUCCUCAGCCGACUCUCGAUAUUUCAGUCAAUAUUUAUAGGGACGUUCCAGAAAAGCAAACUUCGAAACCUACAGUGACACUUCGCAAAGAUGGAUUGUAUAAUAUUUUAUCGCGUGUAGACUUUCUAGACGAAGAACUACCAGAAGCUGCGGAGCUCAAAUGCAUCCUUGACAUCCCGAGGACAAAUUACAGCGUGACUCGAAAAACGAUCUACUAUUCCGGAACGGCUACUACCACUUCAUCCGUUACAACGAUACCACAGCAUAAAAUGGAUAUCCAGGCUCUAGACAGCUCAAAGUCCGGUAAUGGUGGUGGCAACUUCGUCGACCGUGCAUCGAUUAAUCUUAUCCUGUUACCGAUACUUCUGGCUAUUUUCAUUCUGUUUCAUUAAUAAUACAAUCAAUAGGUAAGUUUAAACUGACGUUGGGCUCGACGGACUGGCCUCCACGAUUUUAAGGAAAAACUGAUUUCAAAAUACAGCUUAUUUUCUCUUUACAAUUGUAUAUAAAAUAUUUGAUAAUAUAUAUUUUAUUACACGAAAUAUUUAUUUAUCUUUGUUAAUUUUUGAUAAAUAGAAAUGAUUAUAAAGCGUUUGUUCUGACUAUUUUUUCAGAGCGUUUUAAAAAAAUAAAUAAUAUAAGUAAUAUUUUAAUCUUAUUUACGCAUAUGUGGAAAUGCAUGCAAAAUAAUUUGUAUACUUUAAAAACUAAGUCUAUUAAUGCAAAAAUAAGGAACAGGGUACGAGAUUACAUAAAACAAAUAUGAUUAUGAAAUAGGGCACAAAGAGUUUGAGUUAAGUCAAUAUUCUUUAAUUGACAAUUUAUAUACAAAUAAUAAAAAUACUAUAUUCUUUAUAAAUGUACAUAGAACAUUUUAUUACCUGACUUCUUUGUUGCGUCCACAUAUCCGAGAAAAUUAAAUAAGGAUAUGAAGUAAAAUGUAUUAAAAGACACGUGGAUUUAAUUUACUUGACAUACAGAGUGAUGGUUAUUGUAACUUCUUCAAUUCAUUGUUGGCCUAAUCAGAAAAACUUGCAGUUUUCAUCGCACUAUAACAUAAAAAAUAAAAUCUAAUGUAAAAUAUGUAAUGUAUAAAAUAUAACAAGUGACUGUGUACGUUUGACGAUUGUUUGAUAUACUUAAAAAUUUUGACUAGAAAAAAAUAUAUAAAUGUGUCAUUGUCAUAGAAAAGGGUCCAUUUGGUCGAAAUAGAGUUAGUAUCAGAUUCACUAAUUAGAGAUCAUAAGCUAGCAUUUAAAAACUUUAAAUAUCAUUUUAAACGUUAACGACCAAAUGGGCUCUUUCCUAUAAUGACACAAAUAUAAAAAAUAAAAUGACUGUCUUUGUAUAUGAUACAUAUACAUAUAUAUACAUAUACGCAAUCAUUUUUAUAUUUUAUAUAAAAUAUCGUCGAAGCUGUUUGUCUCGUUGUCAGUAUAAAAUAAGAAUGAGAUAGAGAAAUCUAAUAUAAAAUAUAAAAAAUAUAAAAAAGUGAAUAAAUUAUUCCCAUAUGACAUAAAUAAAUGUAAAUGGUUUUUUUUAAGUAAAAGAUAUUUUUUAUAUUUUAUAUUAGCAAAUAUAUAAAAAAAUAAAUUGUAUAUACCACUUGUUAUAAUUAGUUGACAAUUUAUUGUAUAUAAUAUUCUGCAAGACAACGACUUUAUUGUAUAAACGUAAUUGAAAUUCUGUAAUUCAGUAUUUUUACAAAUUGUGUAAAUAAUGCUAAAUUGAUUAUACCUAAAUACAUACAUACGUUAUCGGUA